GGAAGCUGCUCUCAGCUGCAGUAUUACCUCCGAGGCCAACGGGAACGUCAUCUCCCUUAAUUUCACGGACAUUACCUACUUUCCCUUUGUAUUUAUGUUUCAUAACAAGCUACUGCCUCUGGAUUUUUAAUGCAUAAGUUGUAGGGGAGGCACUUAUCGGCAGAAAAGUUAAAAAUGGCUUCGUUUUGUUUUCUGUCCUGCCUUUAAGAGCAGAAUUGACAUAAACCACAAUAUCUUUCUAAAUACACGUUUCUGGGCCAGUGUUUUCCCUUCGGUACCAUGGAACAGUCGGAUGAGGUGGGGAAAGAGGCUAGCGUGGACGUGCACUUUACCGACCUGCCCAACGCGCUCAUCGCAUGUAAAGUGGCCGAGGACGUUUUCGUUGAUCCGCUGGUGAAGGCCAGCUUCGAGGCCUUGUUCCGAUCUUUCGCCAGUGAUGUCACGUUCCAGUUCUUCAGGAGUUUCCGGCGUGUGCAGAUCAGCUUCAGCAAUGCACUAUUGGCAGCUCAGGUCCGUGCUAAGCUCCACAAGACUGAAUUCAAUGGGAAGGAGAUCCGGCUCUAUUUUGCCCAGUCUGUACACAUUGGGGGUCCCCGCCUGGAGCCCCCCAAGCCAGAUAAGCAAUUCCUCAUUUCCCCUCCUGCAUCGCCGCCUGUGGGCUGGGAACAGGUACAGGAUGCCACACCUGUCCUCAACUAUGACCUGCUGUGUGCCAUCUCCAAGCUCGGCCCCGGAGAGAAAUAUGAGCUGCAUACAGGCACACCCACAACACCCAGUGUGGUGGUGCAUGUCUGCGAGAGUGACCAGGACGGAUCUGGGGCCGAAGAUGACGAGAGGGGCCCGCGUGUUCGGCCCAGAAUUGUCCAGACCCGACGGCCAGACUAUGCCCCCCCACUACAUUGAGGGCACGCUGCACUGUUGUCUCUGCCAGCGGGGAGGUGGGGGGCAUGUAGGCAUGCAGUUUCUCAGUACUGCCGCCACUAGAGGAUGUCCGAGCUUAAAGGUCCAGCUAAGACAGAAAUGUCAAUAUCUCAUCUUCACUGGGGUUUAUUUGUCCUGAAUCCCAAAGAGGCAAAAAGGUGGAUGGGUUUUAUUUUUCAUUUUUUCUUUUCUCUUUCAGCUUUUGCAUGUCUGCUGUAGGAAUAUGAUGGACUGUACAUGGGCAUAGUUUGUGCCAGUCGAAGGUCCAGCCCCAAAUUUUGUGCAUGGAGGAAACCUUGGUGUUUGCAGGCUUGGAUACUUUUGACACGGGACAAAAAGACUGUGCAUCAGCCUGGUGUUUCAGCAUUACAUGCAGUUUUUCCCUCUUCACUUGGCUCAGGCUGUGUUGCUCUGUGUAUGUAAUUGAGUAUAUGUGUGUGUGUGUAGCAUCCAGGGAUUAGAGGAGGUUAGACCAUUUUAAUUAAAACAAAAAAAAAGAUUUUUAAAUACUUAUAGCAUUAGCAUUGAUUUGAAUCUUCAGUCUUCAUUGAAAGCUAUGCUAGAAGGUUUAUUCCCAAAGGGCUCCAUUGUUUUUCCAGACUCAGUCUCACAUUCAGCCAGAGGGGCUGUUCUCUCUGUGUAUUGGCAGUUUGACAGUGUAGCCCGACUGUAGGGCAUUACAGUGGGAUGCUUGAGCAUUUCAUGUGCCAAGGCCCUUGUGCUUCUCUCAGACUGUUACAUGAUCAUGCCGUUUGUUUCCAGCUUCACUCUACACUGCCCCCCUUCAUUCUGCUGUUAGCUGGCAGCAAGCCGCUGUGUUCUCAGGCACAGAGAUAUCAGUGAGCACGUGCCACAUUGCCCUCUGCUGUGUGGAUGAGGUGCUUGCUCUUAAUGGUCUUUGUGAUAUGACUCUUAUGCACAACCAGGAAAAGUGAGCAGUUUGUCUACACGGUGAAUACUGAAGUGGGGGCAGAAUUUCCCCCUGUGAUCAAUAAAAUUCAAUUUAAUUCUGCCCUGCCCUGCCCUGAAUCUGUGAUCUUUGACCUAUUUUUAAUAUCUUCUAUUGUGGGUCUUUUGUCUGCUUGUCUUUUCUAUGUAAAUUGCCUUGAAAACCUAUGGAAGUAGGUUAGGUUGGGUAAUUCCAGCAGCUUUCAUAAUCGUAGUUCAUAGUAUUUUGUUGCCCUUAAAUUAAAAGCUCUCCAACAUCCCUAGUUCAUUACUAUGAAAACUAAGUGUUUUUGAAAAGAAGGCAUCUGAAACGUACCACUGAUGCUGAUUGUCCAACCAAAUGUUACAGUGUAGCGGGUAGAAUGGCCAUCUAGCACCAUUAGGAGCAUAAAUGCUGCUGUACCCUUGAGUUAUGUGCUCCAGUACCUCACUGCAUGAGUUGAAAUGCUUUAGAUAAAAGCAGUUCAUAAGCAAUUAAAUUGUGGUCAAGUAGUCUCAUGUUAUGGCAGAGUAUAGAGAUAUGAUACUACGAGCCCUUGGAGUUUUGCUGUGAAUGGUCCUCCAAGGAGAGCGUUCCUGUGUAUCUGAGAUGUCUGCUGUGCCGCCAUCUUCUAGUAUCUGAUCCGGAAUUUUGUGGGCCUUGGGGUUUUUUUUUAAACCACUUUGGCACUCUGCUGUUGAGUAUUGAGUCCAUAUCAAUCUGUUACCCCUAUUUCAAUGUGUGUUUCAUUUCUGACUGCUCUGAGCUGUGUAUUAAAAAGACAUUCACGUAAA